CCAGGUGACGCCAUCUGGACCCCGUCCAUCCUUGCUCACAGCACCCUUGGUGCUGUACGUCACGCCCAGCUGCACUUUGGGACAGACAUGGAGACCAAGGUCUCGGAAGGUGGUCUGAACGUGACCCUGACGAUCCGUCUGCUGAUGCAUGGGAAGGAAGUUGGAAGCAUCAUUGGCAAGAAAGGAGAGACUGUGAAGAAGAUGCGUGAGGAGAGUGGGGCAAGGAUCAACAUCUCAGAAGGAAACUGCCCAGAGAGGAUCGUGACCAUCACAGGCCCAACGGAUGCCAUAUUCAAGGCCUUUGCAAUGAUCGCAUACAAGUUUGAGGAGGACAUCAUCAGCUCCAUGAGCAACAGCCCUGCCACCAGCAAGCCACCGGUCACCCUGAGGCUGGUGGUCCCGGCCAGCCAGUGCGGCUCGCUCAUUGGCAAAGGCGGCUCCAAGAUCAAGGAGAUGAGGGAGUCCACAGGUGCCCAGGUCCAGGUGGCCGGGGACAUGCUGCCCAACUCCACGGAGCGGGCGGUGACCAUCUCGGGGACCCCGGAUGCCAUCAUCCAGUGUGUCAAGCAGAUCUGUGUGGUCAUGCUGGAGUCCCCACCGAAAGGUGCCACCAUCCCCUACCGCCCAAAGCCCGCCUCCACCCCUGUCAUUUUUGCAGGUGGUCAGGUAAGAGCCGACCCGCUCGCGGCCUCCACUGCCAACCUCAGCCUUUUACUGCAGCACCCGCCGCUGCCCGCCUACACAAUCCAGGGACAGUACGCCAUACCCCAUCCGGAUCAGUUGACCAAGCUCCACCAGUUGGCCAUGCAGCAAACCCCCUUUCCUCCCCUCGGACAGACCAACCCCGCUUUCCCCGCAGAAAAGCUGCCUUUACACUCCUCCGAAGAAGCUCAAAAUCUGAUGGGCCAGUCGCCAGGUCUGGACGCCAGUCCCCCGGCCAGCACUCAUGAGCUCACCAUUCCCAAUGAUCUAAUAGGCUGCAUCAUUGGACGCCAAGGGACCAAAAUCAAUGAAAUACGACAGAUGUCAGGAGCCCAGAUCAAAAUUGCCAACGCCACGGAAGGGUCAUCGGAGCGUCAGAUCACCAUCACGGGGACCCCAGCCAACAUCAGCCUUGCCCAGUAUCUCAUCAACGCCAGGCUGACGUCUGAGGUCACCGGGAUGGGCGCGCUCUAA